AGCUGAGACGGCAUCCGGGUAUGUUCGUCAAAAGUGUAACGUUGGUGACUGAAAGUUGUUUCGAGUACUAAAAACGAAAGAACGGUAAGACGCGGUCGCGGUCGCUGUCAUCGCUAAUAGGACCACCGGAAUAUAAGACACAAUUUAGGCCGGCAUUCAUAGUCGGAUCUUAUAUUUAAGACCGUCUUAAGUUUGUCCUCAGAUGCUGUACGUCUCGUUUCAUUGGCUACGAAAUAUCUCAAGAUGAACCUAAGAUCAUCUUAAAUAUAAGAUCCGACUGUAAAUACCGGUCUUACACUCGUCGUUAAAUCAUACUAUUUGGAACAAAGUGUCGAAAAUAUCUCAGGUAAAAAAAAAAGAAGAAAAAUUCAACUGAACAGUAUCAGUGAGAGUGCUUCUGUCAAAUGGAACAUAUCACGUGUCUCGAAGAUUUUUCGCAUCUCCGAAACGUCAAGAACAUGUGCGACCUUAAUGCAUAAGAUAUAUGUAUGUUGAAACACUUGAGAAUGUUUGGAGAAGUUAAAAGAGGCUCUCGGAACUGUGUCAUAAAAUCGUCUAUAGAUUCUGGAUGGUAGCCCAAUACGAUUGGCAUCUGCACGUCUCACAAAUAAACCGCGUAGCAUCGUUUGUUCGUGUGAAAUCCAAUAAAAAGGUCAUCAUGCGUGACGCAAGCUGUUAUGGAUUCAACGGCGCACGGCGCGGUGCUAACAUCCUCAGGUUUUCAUUUCAUCAACGCCGCCUGUGAGGGAAGUACGGCCCGGGAAAAAUGCCCGUCAGAAAUAUGAGCACGACCGAAGUCGUCUUGCACAAUAUUCAAGUGUAUUACACGCCGAUUCUCGUCCACCUAGGCCUGCUGGGCAACAUCCUGUCGGUAUGCGUGUUCUUCGGCACGAAGCUGCGACGCGCGUCCUCCAGCAUCUACUUGGGCGCGUUGGCGAUCAGCGAUAGCGGCUUCCUGGUGAUGGUCUGUCUCGUCUGGCUCAAUGAGUUUAACAUUCAUCUGUUCAACGAGUCGGGCUACUGCCAGUCCAUCGUUUACGUCAGCGCUGUCUGCAGCUUCCUCAGCGUUUGGCUCGUGGUAGCCUUCACCGUCGAGCGCUACGUGGCGGUCAAGUAUCCGCUUCGCCGCCAGUCUCUGUGCACGAUCGCCCGCGCGAAGGUCGUGAUAAUCGGCCUGACGGUUCUGGCGAUUCUACUGAGCGGUCCGUUCCUCUUGUUCUCCGGGCCCCGUAAGGUACCCACCAGGUAUGGAAACACCACCCUCUGUUACUUGGCCACCGGCUGGGAGUCUUGGGCGAAUGCUUACAACUACGUCGACACCGUCUUGACAUUUGCCGUGCCCCUCACCAUGAUAGUGAUCUUCAACACCUUGAUAGCGCGCAACAUCUACAAGCACGACCAUGUGCGGAGGACAUUGACCAUAGAAUCCGACGUCUCCAACGAGAAGGACGCGCGCAAUGCGCGCGACAGAAUGCCGCAGACCAAGGUCACAAAGAUGCUCCUCAUCGUCUCGAGCGCCUUUCUUUGCCUCAAUAUGCCUUCGUUCGUGCUGAGGAUGUUCGCUUUCUACGACCAGUCACAGAAAUACUGGUUAAUCAGCGCGCAGCAGAUGUGCAACAUAUUGUUCAACACGAGUUUCGGGAUUAACUUUAUCCUUUACUGCGCGAGCGGGCAGAAUUUUCGCAAGGAGAUGGUCCGCAUGUUUAUACACCGGCCGCGUGUCGGGAGAAACGGGACCCUCAUACAAAUGGCGAAUCAAGGAAAACAGUAUGUUUCCGAUUUCACGCGCAGAUGGAGUUCGACAAAACGGUCGUCCGUUGACAACGUGCAAAGGCAAGACUCUCAAGAAACACGAAAGCUUCCAAUAAGUGAGAAACUGUGAUACAAAGAAACAUGAAAUUCACUCAUGCAAGUAGCUGAAUAAACGCGGGGUAAAGUGGAAGCGGUCGGGAAAAGAUGUACGGUGCGAUAUAACGAUGUA